CUCCACUCGAAACCCUAGCUGCGGAAUAGGGGUGCGCUCAACCUCGAUCGCCGAAGACCGGCGAUGAUGUCCGUUUCCUCCAGAUCUACACCUGCUCCAUCCUCAGCUUCGUCGUCCCCGCGGGCGGAGUCAGCUGCGACAAGCUCCGCGAUAGAGGAGAGCAGCAGCAGUGCGAUGGAAUCAUUUGUAAAGAAUUUGCAAUUGAAACGACUAAUGAUUAUGGAGCGACGUGCUAUAGAACAGCGGUUCAGGAAUGAGCUGAGGGAAAAUAUGAAGGAUGCUGCAUACGAACCGGAAACAUUUGGUGACCCAGACGCCACUGAAAAAAUUUCAGAUUCAAUUUUCAGACGUGGUGUUGUCUCAAUUGCUUUGUGGAGUGAUAAGGUGUUGGUAUAUGCAUGCUCUGGAAUAGCUGUAGGCCACACGCAUGCUAAUAUACGAGAUCACCAUACAGUAUUUGUGACUUCGGCGCGCUUGGCCCAGAAAUUUAAUGAUAAUAGGACCAGAGAUGAUAAUUUGAGGAUUGAAGUGCGUGCUUCUGAAGGUAGAACUCUACAUGGCUUCUUGCCAGUGUAUGAUGAAAAGAAGGGUAUUGCUAUUGUCACGUCUUUUAGCCUCCAUUACAUUUUCGCCAUGGAUACCUGUAAUCCUGUGGAUUUGCCCCAAGGCACACUCAAUAAUGAUCUAUGUGCAUUUGGCCGUGCUACGGAUGGUACUUUGAUGGGCGCAAUAUGUUCCCAUCCUGUUUACAAGAAUAAAGGCCUUUCGACAGUCAGUUGUGAGAUAACAGAGAGUGGGUAUGGAGGGCCAGUUUUGUAUUUUGCUCCUGGUGGAGUACAAUUUGCUGGGCUUAUCGUUAAAUCUGUUAAAGACAAGAUCACCUUGCUACCCACGAAGCAACUUCAUACUUGGUUGGACCGUUUUCUAAAGAAAACCAGCUGCAGAAAGACUUUCCACUUCCCUGGAUACUCCUUGCCUAAAGGUGUAAAAACAGUCAUCCCUUCAGGAUUUAUGGUAAGAUCUAAGGUUCUUCAAUCCUUGGGCUAUCCCCUGCCACCGCCCCUCUUGUUUGAGCUCAAUGGGAGAUUGACUGGUACGUUUGAAGAGUAUUUUGGUCAGCUUCAUUACUGGGAAGGGUACCCUUAUGCUGCCACUUAUGAUAAAGGGCCGAAUCCUAUCUGGCGUCAACUUGGAGAAAGAAUCACUAGGGAAAUUUCCCAAAGUGUUGUCUCAAUUGCUUCAUUUAAGGAGAACAAGAGGUGUUUUGCUUGCACAGGCAUGUUUAUAACAGGCAAAGACUGCCCGCUCGUUCUUACUUCCGCCAGUUUGGUCAGGACUGGUGAUUCUGAAAACGAGAUUGACGAGAAGUUGAAGAUUGAGGUGUUCCUCCCGAGAAACCAUGUUGCGCAGGGGAAACUGGAACUGUAUCACGAAAAUUACAACAUUGCCCUUGUCCGUCUAGAAAGUGAUCUCACCGCUGCUACAUGUCCGCAAGAUAUCUUCCAUGUCAGGAAGUCUAGAAAUACUAAGUCGGUAGGGCGUGCAACUAUAGGGCGUCCGGUAGUAGCUAUUGGGCGUGGGACUAAAAAAUGUCAUGGAUUAUUGAUGGCAUCAAUGGGUGAAUUGAAGGGUAACUACAAGGCUGUUAUUGAGCGUAAAAGAAAGCGUUCUACGGGUCUUGCUAAAAAGCCUGAUUGCCAAGACCUUUGUCUGUCCACAUGUCAAAUCAAGAAGGUUGGGAUUGGAGGCCCCCUUAUUGGUUUGGAUGGUAGUUUCAUUGGCAUGAACUUUUACGAUGAUAGUUUAACAACUCCUUUUCUGCCAUGGAAGGAGAUUCUAACCGUUGUGCGCGAAGGGUUCAAUCUGUUAGAAAGUUCUACUUUGGUCAGUCGUCCUGUGAACAUGGAUUUGUCUCCUAAGACUCUGAAGAGAAAAAGAAACCAGUGGCCCGUGUCCAAGCCAUCUUGGUUUCUUGGUGGUCAAGUUCAUCCUCUAGACCAGCUUGUUGGAAAAGUUCUCAUGUAGAGGUGGUGAAGCUACUGCUGGAAUGCUCUCUCAGAUGUUCAAGUAUCUAUUUAUGGUGUGUUUGUGUGUAUCCCUGUAACGUAUUUAAGGACAUAUGAAAUCUGUAUUUAUCCUACCAAGAAUUUACUCGGUAUUGUUCAAUCCUAGUAAGAAUUGUGCAGUUUAAUG